CGUAUUCCAGUCACAUCUAAAACCCUCAUCAUCUCCAUUUCCUCUUCGUCUCUGCUCUCGACGGGGAUUUCUAAACCAUCCUUUUAGAUCUUCUUCUUCGUUCGUUUCUCCAUCAAUGGCAAAGGAACCAGUUCGCGUGCUCGUCACUGGAGCUGCAGGGCAAAUCGGAUAUGCUCUUGUCCCCAUGAUUGCUAGGGGAGUAAUGCUGGGUCCUGACCAACCUGUGAUCCUGCACAUGCUUGAUAUCCCACCUGCAGCGGAGUCAUUGAAUGGAGUGAAAAUGGAGCUAGUAGAUGCAGCUUUUCCUCUUCUUAAAGGUGUUGUUGCUACUACUGAUGCUGUUGAAGCGUGCACUGGGGUCAGCGUUGCUGUCAUGGUUGGUGGGUUCCCAAGAAAAGAAGGCAUGGAGAGGAAAGACGUCAUGUCUAAAAAUGUGUCAAUUUACAAGGCUCAGGCUUCUGCUCUCGAAAAGCAUGCAGCUGCAAACUGCAAGGUUCUGGUUGUUGCUAACCCGGCAAACACUAAUGCAUUGAUCCUGAAGGAAUUUGCACCUUCAAUCCCCGAGAAAAACAUUACUUGUUUAACUAGAUUGGAUCAUAACAGGGCACUGGGUCAAGUCUCUGAGAGAUUAAAUGUUCAAGUUUCCGAUGUUAAGAAUGUGAUAAUCUGGGGGAAUCACUCAUCAACUCAGUACCCUGAUGUUAACCAUGCUAAGGUUAAGACUCCAUCUGGGGAAAAGUCUGUUCGUGGACUAGUGAAUGAUGAUGCAUGGUUGAAUGGAGAAUUUAUCUCUACAGUGCAACAACGAGGUGCUGCAAUCAUUAAAGCUAGAAAAUUUUCCAGUGCAUUGUCUGCUGCUAGUUCUGCUUGUGACCAUAUACGUGAUUGGGUCCUUGGAACUCCAGAGGGCACUUGGGUUUCCAUGGGCGUGUACUCUGAUGGCUCAUACAACAUUCCAGCUGGACUAAUUUAUUCCUUUCCAGUAACUUGCCGCAAUGGAGAGUGGACCAUAGUUCAAGGACUUCAAAUUGAUGAAUUUUCAAGGAAGAAGAUGGAUUUGACUGCAGAGGAGCUGAGUGAGGAGAAGUCCUUGGCUUACUCAUGCCUCUCUUGAAUGCUCUCUUAUGUUUACUAGCUUGUUCAUUAAGUGGGUCUCACACAUUUUAUUAGAGGUGCUGCACCAGUUUUAAAUAAGGCGGCGGUUAAGAUCUAGGGUAACUAGAGCUUUUGUUUUUAUUGAUCUUGUACAAUGUUUUAGAAAUUUCCACAUGUCACGGGGAAUUUCAUAAGUUGGGAAUUUUUGAGGACCUUGAUUAUCCUUAUAUUUCCUAUGGAUUUGACCAGUUUUUUUUUACCACAGAUCAUGUGGAUUUAUAUAUUUGGGAAUUUCAAGCA